UCAAUCCCAAAAUUUCAAAAGAGUAUAAAACCCUAUACUCAGAUUAACACAAUAAAUCUUCCCAACAAUCACAAAUUGAAUUCCAAAAAUUGAGAAUUUUGACUAAAGACUCAACCUCUGAAAGAUCAGAGGACUUGCAGAAUUUUCUUUGGUAGUGAUUUUGGUGCUUGUUUGUAAAACCCUAUUUCAUAUAUCUUCCAGACAACCAAGGGUAGGCUCUUACAUGAGAUCAGGGUUCGAGUCUGGGUGAUCGCAGUUUUUGAGAAAAAAUCUGGGUUAUACCCCUUCCUCUGUGGGGUAUUUUUGUCUUCCUAUAAAAACCACUGAAAUUUUCCCAUCACUCUUCCUAUUCCUUUGUUCUCUCUUUGUCUACUGAAAUUGGAAGAGGUUUUUCUCUGCUCUGCUGCUGUUCUUUCCUUGAUUGCUGGUUUCUCUCCCUACUAUCUCUGUUUUCCUACCAGAAGGAGCUUCCGGCAUUGCAAAUUUUGGAGUUCUUUGUGAUUCUCAAUGACGCCUGAGAUGCCAGAGACAGCCUCGAAGGCGAAAGAUGCACCUAAAUUGGUGAAAUUGGAUAGAGCCCGAAAAUUAUACUUGGACUGAGUUGGUCAAAUAAAACCAAACCUAUCUUAGUCAUACGAUAUAGAGGCAAAAACUACAUCAUCUGGAAUCGAGAUUGAAGGACUGAAGGGAGUUCCUCUAUCGUAAAUUUUAGAGUACUUUGUGAUUCUCGAUGACACCUGAGACGCCAGAAACAGCAGCAAAACCGAAAGCUGCACCUAAAUUGGUGAAAUUGGAUAGAGCCCGGAAAUUAGCUGAAUCAUGGGUUUACAAUAUGAGUGGAUCACCAGACGGCGAAUCAAUUGAAGAGAAGGAACCAGAGGCUCGCCCUGCAAGGUUGGGCUUAGGGGCAAGAGCUGCACCACAAACUAGACUUGGACCUUCCUCUGAUCCAGCUGGUAAGAGUUUGCACAACAAGUUGGAAGCUAGUAAAAAGAGAGCUACAGCUAAGUCAUUAGAAGAAGAAUCAAAUGCUAACAACGGUCAACCUAGCGAUGAUGAUGAUGACGAAGAACCAGAGAGCAGGACCAAUGCUUUUACCAAAAAGAUAGUUGUGCCUGCUGUUCCACAGAGUUCGCAGGGCAAGAAGAAACGAAGAAGAUAAGGUCUGAAAGCCAGAACAAUUGUAUAAGGGUGAAAAUGUGAAGCAUUUUACAUGCAUUGCCUGAAAACCGAAACAUGCUGUUGUCUAAUCUUGGUCAAGCCAUAAUUAUUUUCUCAUGUAAUCUAGAAACAAUGCAAUGUUUUAGGAUUUUGAUAAUUUUUGUAUAGAACAAUUUUCGAAUUAUGGAACUGAAUGAGAUCUUUCUGAAACCUAACACGAAGUAUAAUUUUGAAUUGGAA